AUGAUUAUCCGUCGGCUGAUUCUGCUAAUAUGUUUGAUUCGAUGCGCGUAUUCGUGCCAUCCGCAAUUUUCCAAAGAGCUACGCUAUCUCGAUUUGUAUUUGGGCGUCAAGCCGGAUGGCGACGGUGAAAUUCCGACGGCAGAUGCGGUGGAGUUUGCGACUUAUAUAACGUCGCCGGACGAAUUGAAUUGCGAUUUUGAGAGCGAAUGCCUUUGGAGGAAUGCGCCGACGGACGACCUGCUCGAUACCAGCGACUGGUGGUAUUUCAAGAAAAGCGACGAGAAAUCGUUUCCGGUGCAAAUUCAGCCGGGAAACUCGAAAAUGCUGAAAGGCGAACGAUUCGUCAUUGCCGGCAACACGACGAACAGCGCGCAAGGCGCCGUGUUGGCCAGCGCGCCGAUUGCGUGCCAAAAAGGCUUCUCGAAUCUCACAUUUUCAUAUUGGAUUUAUAAUCACGCGCAAGUUGAGGUUGUGAUUUUGAAGGCGAUGAAUCGACGCCGACAUUUACAGGUUUUAAUGAGGCCGAAAAUGAAGUGCGAUUUUCUAUCAGCCGCCAAUGAAGAUUGCCGAGUUGAGAUUCCGCCAAUCAAAGAGCCAUUCCGAAUUGGAAUUCGAGCGUUUGAUUUGAAGGUAGAUAAUACAGUUGGAAGCCUUCUCAUGAUUGAUCACAUUCGAUUCUUUGGAAAUAUAUGCCAACAAUCGCCAUUCCCUUCAUAUUUUUCAUCUCUUCGCAUUCCGCCGUAUGAGGAAGAGACGCCGAUCGCAACGCUGAGCGAGCUGAACUGCGAACGGCCGUUGAGAUCGUGCAAAUGGUCCAAUGAGGGCAAAUCGAGACAAACCGAAUGGCGAGUUGGACGAACAAUCGAUCGAUGGAAGGAGAAUUUUCAGACAACCGCAAAUCAAUCGCAUCCGAAUUCGUCGUUCCUCUUCUUGGCCGUUGAUUCGUUCACCCCGAGACCCUAUUCGGUUCUCGUCAGCCAUCUGAUUCCGUGCACCCAGCGAACGACAAGUCUUAGUCUCAAGUAUUGGAUGAAAACUGGCACGCAGGCCGAAAUUUGCGCGAUCGACGACGACGGCAUUUCGCUGAGUUGCGCUUAUCUCGAGCCGACGGACAGUCCGGGACCGAUCACCAUCGAUUUGGACGCCUACGCGAAGCCGUUUCGAUUCACCAUCGCGAUAAUCGCGUUCGAUGAGAACUCGAUCGGUCUGCUGGCGAUCGCCGAGUUGCGCGUCGCCGGCGUGUUGUGCAGCGAAACGCCGGCGCCGAUCGUGACGACGAUCAAUCCGCCAACGAUCCAAACAAUUUUCGGACUACAAUCCGGCGAUGGCCGCCACGUUCCCUAUGAUCUCACGCUGAAUUGCGACUUCUCGAAAGACUAUUGCAGUCAAUGGGUCAACUAUGACGGUCAUUUGAAGUACGGUGUGACGCCGAGAGACUCGGAAUUGUUCCCGGUGCCGAAGCACAUCAGCGGAAACGUCGCCGUGUUCCUGCUGGCGAACGAGACGGUCUCGACGAUGCGCUCAAGACAAAUUCCGUGCGCGCAUAACGGCCAAGUGAACGUCGCCUAUAUGAAAUCCGAACAUUCGAAAAUUCGCAUUUGCGCACUAGAUCAAUGCGUCGAAGGGAAAUCAACGACCGGUGUGGUGUCAAUUGGCGUCUCAUCGACGUCGCCGUUUUUCGUCACCAUCGAGGCGUCGUCGCGAUUGAAUUCGGUCGUCGUUGUCGACUCGAUAUCGACGGAUGGCGAUUUUUGUCCGCUGAAGACCGCCGAGCAAACCGUUUGCGAUCAAUUGUCGUGUGAAUUCAGAAAUACACUUUGUAGCUACGAGACGAUUGUGGAGAAGGCUGGAGAUGUGCCGAUUAUGGCAACUGCUGAUGGAGCAGAAGUAACGCUAAAUGGCGGAGGAAUUCGCGCGAUUCUCAAAAGUCCAACGUUUGAUCUCGCCUAUCCUUCAAUAUUAACAAUAACAGCCUCGCAAUCGACAUUCGGCUCACGUGUGCUUCUUUGUCCCGAUGAUGUUAGCGAUAUAAGCCUAUGUCACGAAUUGUCCGGUCCAAGAGUACUCGAUUCAUCAAUUAAAAAGUUGAUAUUUCCUCUUGACAUUGGCGCACGCUCGUUCUCAAUUGUUCUCCACCAUGACAAAUCCGUUGAAUUUGGUGCCGCCAAGUUUAAAAUCCAGUCAGUGGACAUUCGAACAGUAAACGACGAACAAAUGUGCUUCUAA